AUGCUUCUGCCGCCGGGCGCGCAACGCCCCCUGACGCUAGCGAACCUCAAACUGGCCUGCCACAUCGCCGUGAGAUUCGCGCAGCCUCUCUACAUCUCGCUAUGGAAUCUACAACCGGCGCGCACAGCGACCAUGUUCCUUUUCAGCGCCGCCCGAGGCGUCCUGCCUGCGCUCAGGGGCUACUCCCAUUUGCGUUUAGCAGAUGAGGUGCAGAUUCUCAUCACUUCGGGGAAUUGGAACAAGUCCCGCAUCGCGAGCAAUGUGUCGAUCGAACUCCUUCGCAUGGCCGCGGAAUUCGCAAUAGAUUCCUUGUCGUCAAAGAACGAGGUGCUCGUGAACCAAUCCGCACGGUUCUUUAUUGAAAGCCGGCAGAUGGCGCAGCGGACGAGGCUGGACGUGCCGUCGCUGUCGGACCCGGCCGUGCGCGAUCUCUUGCAAGAAUCCGAAGUCUUUGUCCGCUCUUUCUCCGGCAUGAUGGGCCUUCUUUCUCCUCUAGACCUCGCACGGGUCGUCGGCCUCCUGCUGGAAGUGCUCUCCCUGGCAUGCAUUCUGCUAUCGCUCACCAAGACGCCGACGCAUGUUUGCCUGCUGCUGUACUCGCUCGCGUGGUCGCUCCUCCCGCUCCUGAAUCUAUCGGUCCGUUCUGGCUCGUCGGCGGAUAGCUCUGUGAUGUACUACAAGCCUCACGAAGAGCGGAUGGCGCAGGAGCAGGAGCGCAUGAGGCAGAUGGCUUACAAUGAUGCGUAUCGGCCCGAGAUCGUGUUGUUCGGCCUUGGCCCUUGGAUUCACAGCACAUGGGCCCACGCGCGGCAGACCACGUUACAAAUGGACGAGCCUUCUAUCAUAGAGGGGCACGGCCUCCUCUCUUCGUUCUUCGAUCAACUGUGCCCAUCGCAAUUUUGCGGUGCCGCACAAAAUCUGCCCUACCUAUUCCUGAUGCGAAAUUCUUCGACAUCUUGGGGUUCGCUGGCGCUGUACCAUAACUCCAUCCAAGCUUUAUUAUCCACCCUGACCACGUUGCGGCAUACCGUCCGGCUGAUAUUCCAGGCCGUGUUCUAUAUGGGCGCUUUCUGUGCGGCGAUGGAGAUCCAACCGAGGCUAGAACCGGCGGAAAAUCAUAAGCUGCCUUUCCAGUCGACUUUCAAGGGUAUGAGGAUAGAAGCGAGAGGAUUGACAUAUACGUAUCCUGGUAGCACUGAGCCGGCUAUACGCGAUGUGAACUUCGUACUCGAACCUGGCGAGACGUUGGCCAUCGUAGGCUUCAACGGCUCAGGAAAGUCUACGCUGGCCAGCAUACUCAUGCGCAUCCUCGACUUCGACGGCGGGGAACUGCUGAUCAACGGCGUCGACAUCCGGAGGUACUCCCCGCCGGACUACCACGGCCGUAUCGCCGCCGUACUCCAAUCCUUCUCCCGCUUCAACGCCCCGGUGUGGGAAAACGUGGGGCUGGGACGGGUCGACGAACUGCACUCGAUGCCUACCAUCCAGCGAGCUGUCCACCUCGUGGGCGGAAAACGGCUCGUGGAUGGACUGCCCGACGGCCUCCACACCGUUCUGGAUGCGAGCGCGACGUUGUCGCCGGCGCCGGUGAUCGACGACCGGCCGAUGCAACGGUCCCAAGGGCUUUCUGGUGGUCAGUGGCAGACGGUCGCGCUCUCGCGUGCCUUCAUGAGGGCGACUCGACCAGAGGUCGAACUACUGGUAUUUGACGAGCCGACGUCCUCCCUCGACCCUCGCGCGCAAGCACACGUCUUGGAAACAAUCGAUCGCACGUCCCGUUCCGACUCGGGGGGAAAAGUCAAAACCGUCAUCUUCAUCACCCACCGGCUCGAAGCCGCGUGCCGCAUAGCCGACAAAAUCGCGAUGAUGGAGAACGGGACGAUCACGGAGUUCGGAACGCAAUCGGCGCUUCUCGAAAAGGACGGCACGUUCGCAGCCUUAUACCGCGCUUCGACCUGCAUCUAG